AUUCCGAGUCCCCCAUUCCGAGUCCCCAUUCUCUGACCACUUCCCAGUCCCGUCGCGUCUGAGAGAGAAGAAUUCAAAUUGUUAGGGACACAUAUCCACCUCUCCAGAGUUGGGCGACGUGUUUUUUCUUUUGCUGUCAUUAAUGCUCUCUCUCUCUGUCAUUCCCUUUUCUUUGGUUGAAUCUGCCAGGUGUACACUGCUUUCAAUACUUCAAGGGUCUACUGUCCAUCCUCUACUGUUCAUCCUCGACUGUUGCUUGAAUAACGUGUUGUUGUGGGUGCUAUUACUUUCUGUGACGGAUAAUUGAUUUUCCUUGGACUGUGUCUUGUGCUGCGUUUAGUCCUGUUUGAACCAUAAUUCAUCUACAAGUAUGGUGAACAUCCGUGUUGAUCCUCGUCUGUUAAGGUUCUCGGCGGUUGCCGUUGUACUGAUCUUUACCGUGUUCAUUCUCUCAAGAGGAAGCACAACCACCUAUACCGGUUCCGUUGGAGGGGUUGUUCCGUCCUCCUCUUCAGGUGCCUCCUACUCUGAGAGCAAAGUUCAGGUUAAACAACAAAUUGGUCAAGGUGUGAUUACAAACACCAUCAAUGAAAAGGGUUUGAAGAAACAAGCCCAAAAGGGUACCGUUAAGGCGACUUUUGUCUCGUUGGCAAGAAACAGAGACUUGUGGUCCUUGGUUGGCUCCAUCAGACUUGUUGAAGAUCGUUUCAACAAGAAGUAUGGUUAUGAUUGGGUGUUUUUGAACGAUGAACCUUUCUCCGAAGAGUUCAAACGUACUACCACUGCAUUGGUCUCAGGAACAACCAAAUAUGGUGAGAUUUCAAAAGAACAAUGGUCAUUCCCAGAAUGGAUUGAUUUGGACAAAGCUGCCCAGGUUAGAGAAGACAUGAAGAAGAACAAGAUUAUCUAUGGUGAUUCCAUCUCCUACAGAUUUAUGUGUCGUUACGAAUCUGGGUUCUUCUACAGACAUCCAUUGUUGCAAGACUAUGAAUACUACUGGCGUGUCGAACCUGAUAUCAAACUUUACUGUGAUAUCGACUAUGACAUCUUCCAAUUCAUGAAGGACAACAACAAGAAGUACGGUUUUACAAUCUCAUUACAUGAAUACCAGGCCACCAUUGAGACCUUGUGGUCCACUACUAAACAAUUCAUGGAGAAAUACCCUCAACAUAUUCACAAGAACAAUAUGCUGGACUUCAUCUCUGAUGAUGGUGGUGCAAGUUAUAACCUCUGUCACUUCUGGUCGAACUUUGAGGUUGGUUCCUUGGACUUCUGGAGAGGUCAGGCUUAUUCCGACUACUUUGACUUUUUGGAUCACGCGGGCGGAUUCUUUUACGAACGUUGGGGUGAUGCUCCAGUUCAUUCCAUCGCUGCUGCUUUGUUCCUGGAUCGUGAAGAACUUCACUUUUUCACGGAUGUCGGUUACUUCCAUCCUCCAUUCCACAGUUGUCCUAUUGAAGAUGAAUACAGAUUGAAACAUAAAUGUAUGUGUAACCCUGCUGAUGACUUCACUUUUAAGGGUUAUUCAUGUGGUUUGAAGUACUACGAUGUUAACAGAAUGCAAAAACCAGAAAACUGGGAAAAGUUUGCAUGAGUCCUACUCUGGAAUAUUUUAUAUCGUGACAAUACUACAUAUAUUUCUCUUUUUCCUUCUCACUGAGCCAUCUCUCGCCCCUGCUUUCUCCUUAUGACACACCUCUAUUCAAAUGGUCUCUCCAAUCUUCCGGCCUUUCGUAAUGAUUGAUUAUGAAGUACUUGUGCAUGCAGUACCUCUUCGGAUUCCAUGUAACACUUUUACUUUUAUCACAAGAACAUCUCAAUACUUCUCUGCUCAGUUGAUCACUUGGACACACUUCCUUCCCGUGAAACGUAUACCCUAUAUCGUUAAACCAAUGCACCUGUUUUGGAGGUAGCAGUAUUGAAGAAGCUAAGGUCUUGAACAUCGCAUCUGUCCAAUUCUCCAAAUAAAAGCCAC